UUGCGCCGCGCCACGCGACUAUACUCGUUUUCUCCUUUUCCUCGCCACUCCGAUCCUUCUCUCUUUCUCCAUACGUGAAUUCCUGGCUAUAAAUCGGGGCGUUGUUUGUUUGGCGGAAAGUUUUUGGCUCGCCAAAAUCGAGGCUGUGCACCACACCCAGGGGAAAAAGAGGCGCAACCGAUUUCGGAGACAAUACACACGACAGAGUCGGGACGAGCGACUGGGUUUAUAUGACGGCGGAGUCGUCGACGAGACGCUUCAAUCGGUGAGGAGGAAUUGACGGGGCAGCAAGUCUUUUUCGCAAGAGCUUCGAAGGAGAAAGACUAAAGGUACCUACACCCAAAAGCCCACCAGAGAGCGGAGAGGCGUACAAAGAGGGGCGAACAAACUGGGAGAUAGGCGAGGGAGGCAUACACGUGUCAGGAUGGCCGACGAAGGUGGUCUCCAGAAUUUGCGCGCCGAGAAAGAUGAGGACAGCUCCGCUUAUCGCAAGUGGCUGCUCUUCAAAGUCGGCGAAGUGGUACUGUCCAUAAUUGCGAUAGGGCUGAUCGUCGACCCGUUCGACUCGUUCUCCCGCAUCUUCACGCACCAGCCACAUCUGAAGCUCAGCGACGUCGCCAUGAUAUACGUGACCCUGGCGGGAUUCAUCAUCGUCAACGGCAUCUCCGUCCUCGCCUUCUUCCUUGGAGAUCGCAUGCCCAAAAUAACGGCGCUACUGUUCACCGGAUUGGGCACGAUAAUGCACCUGAUCGCGGGCGGCUUGAUGUUCCACAACUGGAAGAAGCUGAACGGCAACUACGCCUACGUCUACAACAACCACACCUUUGGCAGUAAACUCUACCUGGACAUGCUGAUAUCCUCGACGGCCAUCACCUUCAUCAACGGCCUGCUCUUCGCUGGAGAUGUCUUUGUCACCGUCAAGUACUACUAAAGACAAAAAGCCAGAGACAAGUGUCAUGUUAGCAUCCCUCCGUAUAUUUUAUUGUUGGUAUUUUUGCCCCAUUACCUUUCUUCCAUAGUUCGUGAGUGCCAUUCGAGCCCUCGAAGAUAUUAAAAAUUAACGCACGUGGCCCUCCCGUGAAAAAAGAAUUUUUUUUCCCUUUUACGUAGUUAGUGCAUGAUUAUCUUUGUGAAAUUGAACGCGUGAGAGUAUUUUUGUACGAUCCGUUGCAGUUUGAGGAUAUAGAAUCGUUGAUCAGAGUACGAGGUAAAUUUAACGCGAUUUCGAUUUAUUUUCAAAGCUAAUGCGUGUAACAAAAACACGUGCUUUUGGCCUAUAGAAAUUAGACGUUUAUAGCUUUUUAGUCGUAGACUAUACUUUGUCCGUCCACUAAGUUGUUCUUUUUCGUAAACGCAUAACAACUUACGCUUAAAUUCCAAAGUAAAACUGUUAUGACGGUUGUUUUCAAAGUCAACGUUUUAACAAAUGGACACUUUUAAGUACUGAAAAAAAUCAAUUUGUUGGUUUACGUACCGAUUGAAUCGAUCACAUCUCAAACGCUAAAGAUUUUCCAUAACGGUCCAUCGAACCACCACCGAAUCUCGAGAGAUUAUUCUUUCAUUUGAACGAACGAACCGUUUGUUAACUAUAUUUAUAAAGUAUUAAAAUAAAAAACAAUGUUCUAUCCGUCCAACGCAGAUUCGCAUCAGCGUAUAAUAUAUUAUGUAUAAGUGCGCAAGUUAAUGUGCGAUUAAAAAAUGUGUACGCAUCACGUCGUUGCGCGACGUUACAACAUAAAAAGAGUCCAUCUUGCAUAUUCAUUGCACUUUAACGUCUUCGCGCGCGGCUAUGUGUAUAAGCGACAGAGCUUUUGUAAUUAGCUCUACGAGUCCGUCCAUAAUCGGUAUAAUUGUAUCAUAUAAGUCAAACGAACGAUUGAUCGCUCGAUCGUGUUCGUCUUACUGAUUAGGACGCACCUCUUCUCUUUCCUCCCCCCAUAUCGUGCGUCCAAGUUGUAAGUGCCUACAUUACGUAUCUAUACCUAUAAAUUUUUUGUCACGGUUGCCUGACAGUUUUGUACGUCUAUAGAUACCAUUUAUUAACGUUACGUCUCUUUAUUAUUCAAUGUAUUUUGCUUGACGAGCGUGUGUAAUAUAGUUUGAUACGCGUGUGCUCAAUGGGCGUACACUUUUUACCGUCCAAGUUUGAAUCGAGUGAAAAUUUGCAGUUACUCAAAACUAUAAAACUCACUUGCAGAGCAACUCAAAGAAAAAAAGUCGAUUUUCGCUCUUAACAAGAAUUUUCACAUUCGGGAGAGAGGAAGAGUAAAUUUUCACUCGAUUCAAACUUGGAGACAAUGUAAAAUUACACACAAGGCGAUAAAACAGACUCCAUGUGUGAUGGAAAAAAACCAAGUUGUACAAUUUUACGAUGAAUGUCUGCAACGCAUCCACAUGGACUAAAGAGAUUUCAAUAAAACUGAAAAGUAAAA